AAGCAAGAGAGUCUUCAUCACCGCGUCCUGGACUUGUACAGGAGCUCCAGUCAGGUGCCCCAUGAUUGAAGUUGCAAAAGAGGCUUCACAGACCUCACCAAUCCCCAGCAGCACACAGACGCAGCCAUCAACAUCGGCAUGGAAGAGCUCAAACCCAGGUUUGGUGGUUUACUGAAGGAUGAAGGUGCCCAAACCCCAGUGGAGUCUUUCAGAGUGCUAAACACUGACACAUGGCCAGAGGACCAGGCCAGCCUUCUCUCUUUUUGUGAUGUGGCAGACCUGAUCGGUGUGCAACAUGGCUGCAAUGCAGGAUGAGUGGCAGGGGCUGAAAAUCCUGAUCAGCCACAAUUUCAAGGACAAGACCUACAGUGGCCUGUGGGAGACCAUGUUGACAAAGGACCCCUACAGGCUAGAUUACAAGAACAUACUGGGGUUGGUGCAGAUUACGCUGAUGCUGCCCAUUUCAGCCACUCAGUGUGAGCGAGGGAUCUCUACGCAGAACCGCAUUAAGAAUUCAACAAGAAGCUCUCUUUGGGUCUCCACCACCGAAGACCUGAUGAGGAUCAGCCUGGAGGGGCCUUCUGUUGAGGAGUUUGAUCCCACACCUGCCGUGGACUGCUCGCUGACCUCUAAGCCUUCCAGACGGCCAACAUACAAAAGCUGGACAAACGAUAUCCUUUGCGUCUAGGCCAAUGUGUGAUUUUGCACGAGCAGUAUGUAUGAAAUAAAUCAUUUGUUUAAUAAACUUUUUUCAGUGUGCUCAUAAAUUUUUUCAUUUAGGAGCAUGUACUCCUUGCAAAAAAAAGUUAGUGUAGUGCUCUGCCAGUGCUACGACCUUACUGGCCAAGGUAAGAGUGAAAUGCACACACUUUUCAAUGAUUUUUA